UUUCCCCACUGGAAAUUAGUUUAAAAAAAGUGAGUCGAAUAGUGCUGCGCUCUGUAUGGAGCUUUUGCCAAAUUUUGUGCGGCUUAUGAUUCACCUUUUUUGUCAAUUUAUAGCCAAUGAUCUCGUUGAUGCUGAAGAAUUCCGAAUUUCAAACUUCUGAGUGUCGUAAAAAACUGUCAUACCUAUGUAAUGUUUAAAAAUAUUUUUAUGAAGUGGAACAAAUAGUAGAUAAGUGGCUGUUAAAACGUGGUUCACUCAUAGUAUAUAGUCUUCUUUCUUAGUCUAUUUUUUUUUACACUGAAAGCUUGGAAAGUAUCCGAAAGCCAGAUCGAGGACAAUAAUUUGUAGGUUAUAAACAUCGUUGGUAAAUACCCGCGGUUUGAACUUUGAACUACACUGUUUACCGAACUGUCGAAUGUAACGAAGGUUAGUGAAGUGUCUGGCUGAUUGCUUCAAUUACUCGAUUAUAUUACAAUUAACGCACAAAUUACGAGCAAUGGAAGUAACAGGAUCAAUUUUGCACAAAAAAAUUCAUGAAAUUUUCCCCGACAUAUCACCCAACAUAACUCCAGAAAUAUUAAACAGAAUAUGCCAUCAAUCUGAAAGCCGGCGAUUUUUGGAAUGGUUUUGCUCUCAUGUUACGCGUGAGAAUUUUUUAUCAGAUGAGGAUAUUCAAAUAAAACAACAUCUGACAAAAACUAAUAAAUGGUUAACCGACGAUCUGAAUGCCGAGCUUGAACAGGCCACUGCAAACUGCCCUGAGCUACGCCAACUCCUACAUUCUAAGAUUACAGAUGAAACGGACUAUAAUUGUCAAUAUGAAGUGGAGAGAGAAGCUUAUAAGGAGGAUUGGGCAUACAUACAGUUACUCGAACAAAGUGUUAAAAAUUUAAAGGAACAGGAAGACAGAGUGAACGAAGAUGUUGAGCAGGAAGAAAUUGAGCUUGCUAAAGCGAGCAGCGAAUUGGAAGAGCGUUACAAGGACUGUUUGGAUCUCACAAGGGAUUUUGACGAAGUCCAUAGAGUUCUGUACAAAGAUGUGGAACAUUUAAUCAAUGUUUAUGCUGACGCUGCGGAGAUGAAAGGACCUGCAGUCGUUUGGACCCAGAUGCCUUUAGAGCUAUGCAAAACUCAGACCGAGAUGUACAUCAAUUAUUUAACUGCUUGUAUAAAACGACAUUUUGGAAACACUGGCAAAGACGAACACAUCAAUGAUUCAGACUAUAACACUUUUAUGGAAGACAGCAGAGACAGACGCGGAGAAGAAAUAUUGCAAGAAUUAUCCGUUUGUUUUAAAAAUUUGAUUACUUCAAAGGUCGAAGAGGUCACUAGCAAAGCGAGCGCAGAUGCUUGUCUGGCCAUGCAAGAAUUGGCAGUGAAUAUAUAUAACAAUGGUAACCCAAAGCUGCCUCAAUCACAAGCGCAUCUCGAGGCGGAGGUAACGGAGUUGAUCGGAAGGAGAGAUUAUUUAGAAGAAAAGGUCCGACUUUGGCGAGAAAAUCAAGUGGAGGAGGCGGUAACGCAUUCUGCAGAAUUUUUCAUAACCGAAAUUCUUGUGCUGGAUGCUCGGCUUCGAUACGAGAGAAGGGAACACCGUCUAUCCAGUAUGCUUCGCCUUCGGGAAUUAGCACGUGAACGCGGACACGCGCACUCAGACCUGCUUUGCAUGCUCAUGGAAUUGCAAUUCAACAGAGUUAUGGAAGCGGUUGAAUUCGUCGCAGAUGCCCGGUAUUAUCUCUCCACCGAAUAUUCGCUCUCUUCAGUGAGGGAUAACAUCACGCAGCAAAUGCAAGCCGAAUAUGACGCUAUCGUUUCAGGCUCACCCGCUAAGAGGAAUGUAUACAACAAAAUAUUUAUUUCUAUGAUGAAUGGUAACGUAAACGACAUUGAUUCUUUGGCCGAGUCCAUGAGGCAACUCAAACGAUUAGUAGCAGAUAAUGAAGCAAACGAAGAGAAAAUAUUCGGCGACGAUGUUGACGGCAGAUUAAACGGGGUCAUAUCAUUGGAAGACAAACUGAAAGAAGUUUAUCAACGGGAAAUAAACAACGGCCGCACGUCGAGCUUAAUACAAACGUCGUUUGAAACAGCAACGCGAACGAAGGAAGUGGUCAGCCGGGUUUCACAGCUUCAAAACGACGUUGCAGCGCGGAGAAAACGGCUGAAGGAAAAACUGCGUAAAAAUAUCGACGGAUUUGAAUGGGAAAAGUUGAUCCUUUGGCAGAGAUUCCUCGCUAAUCCUAACUCCGUGAAAAAGGUCUAUGAUGACGCUCAGAAGAGGCUGGAACAGUUACACUUUGGUACCAAUUUUUGAGAAAAACUAGCUCAAUUAUA